CACCUCUCUCGCUCCUUCUCUGACACGGUCUCUUCCUGCUGCAUCACAACAGUCGCUAGAGGAUCGGGUAACGCCGCGGCUAUUUCCACCGUCUCGCGGAGUUUUUAUUUCAAUAAAUGUAACAGAAUUCCUCCGCGACAGCUUCAGCCGUCGAGCGCGUCGCCGUCAGCCCGAGCGGACGUCAUUUAACGUGUGAAGCGCGGUGGGAAAUGGCGAGGCCGGAGCAGGUCCUGCUUUUAGAGCCGCAGCACGAGCUGAGAUUUCGAGGUCCGUUUACAGAUGUGGUGACCUCCACCCUCAAGCUUGCUAAUCCCACAGACAGAAAUGUGUGUUUUAAAGUAAAGACGACUGCACCGCGCCGUUACUGCGUGCGGCCAAACAGCGGUGUGAUUGAUGCUGGAACCUCCAUCAAUGUCUCGGUGAUGUUGCAGCCAUUCGAUUACGAUCCGAAUGAGAAAAGCAAACACAAAUUCAUGGUACAAUCUGUGCUGGCUCCGCCCGAUAUGACCGACACUGAGGCAGUGUGGAAGGAAGCCAAGCCUGAGGAUCUGAUGGACUCCAAGCUGAGAUGUGUCUUUGAUAUGCCCACUGAAAACGAAAAAACGCAUGACAUGGACAGCAAUAAGAUCUCCAGUCUUUCAAAGUCUGAAUCAUCCACAUUGUCAAUGAAGUCCAUGGCUGCCGGUUUGGAUGAUGGAGAGGUGAAAAAGAUCAUGGAGGAGUGCAAAAGGCUGCAGACGGAGGUUCAGCGGCUACGAGAGGAGAACAAACAGAUCAGGGUGAGGGAAGACGACGGCCUGCGGAUGAGGAAGAGCACGGUCAUGUCCGCUCCGCACUCCUCCCCGGCGCUGCGAGUUAAAGAGGAGGGGCUGAGCAGCAGGAUGAUCGCUCUCAUCGUGCUGUUUUUUGUCGUGGGCGUCAUCGUAGGCAAGUUGGCCUUGUAAAACCCGAGAGGCGAGCGCUACAAGCAUGCACCGUGGACGAAACAAAAUCAACACAGACAAGCCACCAACGCAGAAUUCGUUUAAUCCGAAUGACAUAUCAUUUGGGUAGUUUUGGAUUAGAGAGGUGUGUAAAAUUAAAGCGAUUGAGGAAUUACAUCACGUAAUGUGCAAUGAAAAAAAAUGUUUAAAAUAAGCUCCUGGCUCGAAAUUGUGAAAUCAUUCUGCCCUUCUUCCUUAGCCAUUUCUGAUGCAAGUUCAAACGGAUAACAAACGUCACCGAUUUUAACCACUAAAUGUGUCGUAUGGGGUUUUCUAACACCAGAUGUGCGAUUGAGUGAAUGUUGUUUUAUCACUUUUCCUAUGGAGGUCAAAAACUGCAAAUUUAACCUGUAUACAAAUGCUAAGUCUUUAAAAGUGUCACGUGUGUGUUUAAUUUAUGCAUCCUGCAUUAAAACAGCAGUUCACCGAGUAUAUAGCUUAUAUGUUUGAUGAUUUUUCUCCAUCUUAGCUACUAAAUGAUGGAAUAGCCCUCUAGCAUCAUCCGCACUAUUGCUUGCGUUUUUAUAGAUGUUUCACGCAGUCCAACACAUAUAUGUCUGAAUACCAAAAGGUAUUAUGAUCCAACAUAUAUUUCCAGUCAGAUGUGCUUUAUGGCAUUGUUUUUAUUUGGAAGAUCAUCAGUUUCGUCAGGCAAUGUAAAAUAUUCGCAGAGCCACGAAUCCUUAUAAACAAUUAAGUGUGCUGCUUUUAAGUCGAAGCUACCACCGUGUUCGACCACAAACUGGCUUUCAAGUGGCUUUUUAAACAUCUUGAACCGACUUUGUGGAAAUGGACUGUUAGAAACCUUUAUUUCAGAACGCUUGACUAGAGAAGUGCUUGGUUGGCGUUUACCUCAUCCGUGUGAAAACAAUUUCAGCCAAUAUUACUUUGUAGUAACUGCUGUUUAAGUUGAUUUUGCACAAUGUUGACGACUCGUGUUCAGAAUCAAAUCGAUAAUUCACCUUUGUCUUUUUUCUUUUGGGUGGGGGGAUAUCUGCUUGAAUGCAUGGCUCUAUCGAGAGCGAAGUGAAAAUUUUAUUAAGUUCCUCCAAAGGUCUCCUAAGUCCACCUGUGUUUCCAUCUCGCCUGUAGUCCGAAUGAACUUCUUGUGAAAUCAUUUUAUAAUCGUGCAGCUGCUAAUGGUCAUCUAUACAUGCCAACUGGUUGAAGGUCUCUCUCUCUGUGAACUUUCUAGCUGACGAUCCCGUGAAGAGAGUUGAGUUUCAUCCGGCCCGUAAACACCAACCCUUCCUUUAUAAAUCGAACAAAAGCGAGCGUAGUUAGCGAACACAAACGCUGGCGGCCUUGAGGUCUUGUUUGAGUAUUGCGUCUCCUGUAUUCUAGCCAUGCCGUGCUACACUCAUUUCCAGAAAAAUGCAUGGCUUCGAUAUGCCUUGUCGGUGGUCUGAAACGCACACACUGGUUUAUCGCGCAGCAUACGGCUUUAAGAACACUCCUUGAAUAUUCUGCACUGUUUUCCUCGGCCCUCUGUGUUCUCGGAUGUUUUAUUUUGUCGUUUAGAUUUAAGUUAUGAAUAAAGCUUGUAUUGCACAAAACUGUUUAUAUUAAAAAUGCACUACAUUAUAAAGAUUGUCAUCUUCCCACGCAACGGUCUGAUUUUUCUUUUUUUGUGUGUGAAAUAGCUGCGAUGACAUCAGAAAAGAGACUCUUCCUACAAGGGUGCCAUUUUGUGACCUGAUAUGUAUUUGUGUCAUAGUUUGGUGUUGUGGGGGCGUGUCUUUUUUUGUUCAUGUUUCUCUUCCCCCUCUUGAAAAGCUUUUUUCUGUUGAUCAUCUUAUUGCAGAUUUUUAAGAACGGGAGGAGCUUACGAUGUUGACAAAAACUUUGCUUUGUAAGUAACUUUAGGAGAUGUUCAGGGUUUCGGACUGCUGUUCGUAUAUAUUUCACAGAGGAAUGUGAUUGUUUUUGAGAGGGAGGGCUUUGGGGGCCUAUCAGCCAAUCAGCUGGCUCGUAAAAAUACUUCUAGUACCCCAGACCUUGACAUGUGAUGUAAACAUGAAGGUGACCGUUUUGUAUGUAUAUAAAUAAAUAAAUGAGUCUAAGAUAAACAUUAAGGUUGAUAUUCCUAGUCAAGUAGUCUAUAAUGGUAUAUAAAGAAACCCCAACUUUGUUGGACUAUGUAGCAUCUUAAUAAAUUAAAUCAAUAAAGCCCCAGACCAAAA